AUGGCCUCCCCAAUCCCAACCACCUUCGCCACAGACUCCACUCCCCAAGAAUCAUUCGCCGCACACUACGACCUCGACAACCCCAUGGAAUCCGUCAACUCAUACUCACGACUGAUGCACCAACACACCAAACGUCAAAUGGACCUCGCCACCCGCUCCAGCCGCCGCGCUCCCGCCGACCAAGGCGUCAGCAGCAUGGGCCAGCUGUCGGCGAGGGUAGCACCGAUAGCGUGGACAAUUUGCAGCAAUGAGAGCUCUACCUUCCCGGCUCGCCUUAUCUAUCUCCGAAUCGCCCCCCACACACACACACACACACACAUUGAACUUGAAAUUGUACCCGCACGCACGCAAGCAUUACGGAGAGAGAGAGGAAAAUGA